UGAUGGGGUGUCUGGGUAUCUGCCAGGCUGGUGCCUACCCUCUCCAUGUUCUCUGCUGCCUUGUGCUUACCUACCUCCUGAACCAACUGGACCGCUAUCUCCUGGCCAUUGUAAUCCAGCCCCUAGCCCAGGACAUUCAGUUUGGAGAAAAGAGUUGUCUCCCUAUGGAGAACGACAAGCAGAUUGGGGAACAAUGCCAUAAUGCCAGUUCUCAGGACAGCUGCCUGUCUCUCCUGAAUAAAAACAAGACCCAAUAUUGUCAGUGGACCUUUGAUGGAUCGGGGUGGGAGUACCAGGUGGUGGCUGGGCCUGUCUUCAUCUUCGUUUUCACCUUCACAGGGAUUUUCAUUGGAUUUGUGGCAGAUUCUGUCAAUCGGAAGAAUUUCCUGUCUGCCAGCCUCUUCCUCUGGAGCCUCAUGACGUUGCUGAUGGCUUUUGCCAAGCACUACUGGCACCUGGUGAUUCUGCGCUUUGGCCAAGGGAUCAGUGAGGCUGGCUGCACGCCAUUUGCUGUCAGUCUGAUUUUGGACUAUUUCCCGAAGGAGUCCCGAGGAUCAGCAAUGGGCUUCUAUAACUGGGGAAUCUACGCUGGCUACAGUCUCUCAUAUGCUGUUGGCAACUAUGUCACCGAUGCCAACAUCCUGGGGCAGGGUUGGAGAUGGUCCUUUAUUAUUGGUGCCAUCCCAGGGUUUAUUGUCAGUGUUAUUGUGCUGCUGAGUGUUCGUGAAUCACCGAAGGGGAAGGUAAACGCUGAGGCAAAACCCAGAGGCACCCUCAAACAGAUCAUUGGACAGAAAAUACUGCUGGGUCUGAGGCCAUUCAUCAGACCCUCCCUCCUGUUACUAUGUAUCGCUGGGUCAGUCAGGAAUGCAGGAGGCUAUGUUUGGGCCUACAACACCCAGCUCUUUUUCAAUCUGUACCACACUGGUGUGGACGUGGGUCGCUGGUUGUCAUGGAUACCGUUGGUAGGAGGUUGCCUUGGGGCCCUAUCCGGAGGGCUCAUCUCAGACCAACUAGUGAAACAACGUGGAAUCCAUGCCCGGGUGUGGGUGCUGGUUGUCAGUCAGGUUGCUGCUGCUCCUUUUGUAGCUGGAGCCAUCUGGCUCAAUCCUCCAUAUUGCUUCCUGUCAUUGAUCCCAGCCAAUAUCAUGGGCUACAGGAAGGUCAGGGUCCUGCUGGCGUACAGACUGGAGAUGUUUUGCAAAGCAGUCACCCGGUCUGCAUUUGGUUUCUCCAAAGUAGAGUCGGCCAUAUUGGGGGCAGCAAAGACGAUACACAAGUCCCGGUCACUGGCUGUGUUCCCGGUCACUGGCUGUAGUCCCGGUCACUGGCCGUGUUCCCGGUCACUGGCCGUGUUCCCGGUCACUGGCCGUGGUCCCGGUCACUGGCCGUGUUCCCGGUCAUUGGCUGUGGUCCCGGUCACUGGCCGUGGUCCCGGUCACUGGCCGUGGUCCCGGUCACUGGCUGUGUUCCCGCUCACUGGCUGUGGUCCCGGUCACUGGCUGUGUUCCUGGUCACUGGCUGUGGACCUGGUCUGA